AUGUUGAGGCGUUUAGGUGUUGCUGUGGAGAGGGGAGGAGGUGAGGGGGGGAUGGGUGAGGUGGGCGGGGAGGGUGGGGUUGAGAGGGUGGGGGAUGGGGAAGGUGGUGAGAAGAGGAGGAAGAGGGAGAUGAAGAAGGAGAAGAAGGGUAGGCGUGGCAAGAGGGAGCUUUCAGAUGCCGUCGCAGAUGGCUUGCUACGUUUGUGCGUACUGUCAAAGGAGCUCAUUGGAUAA